GAAAACUGCACAUAACCUAAAAUAAUUGACAACAACUGUUUCAAGUGCUCGGUUCAGUUUGAGUGGUCUAUGGUUCAGUUUACUCCAAACUUAUACAAUUAUUAGCUUUCGAACUUUACACACGCUAUAACAAUCGGAACCAUGGCUGAAUCAAUGGACCCAAGGAAGCAGUUCCUCGUAGUCAACAUAAUAGAUUUCCUGCUGGACGAAUUGAACAAGGGCAGCUUGAGCGAGGAACACAAGGAAUCUGUCGAAGUCGCCAUACAAUGUUUGGAGACUGCUUUUGAGUUGGAGUCACUCAAAGAUGAGUUUGUCGAUAGGAAAAUCAACCUUCUGUCGUUGAUGCCGACAGAAAUAAAGAUCACCGUCAGCGAGGAGGAUAAGAUCAACGCAGAAGCGUUCAAAAAUGAGGGCAAUGCUAACAUGAAGAAGGGUUUGUACCAGGAAGCUGUCAAUCAGUACACAAAGGCUAUACAAUACAACCCAACGUGCGCAGUUUAUUAUUGCAACCGUGCUGCGGCCUACAGUAGAUUAGAUAAACAUAAUGAAGCCAUCACAGAUAGUGAGGAAGCAAUAAGACUGGACCCCACAUACGGCAAAGCUUACGGCAGACUAGGCAUUGCCUAUUCAAACCUCAACAAAUUCGAUGACGCCCGCAGGGCCUAUUUGACUGCAUUAAAAUUCGACCCCAACAACGAGAUGUACGAGACGAAUCUCAAGCUGGCUGAAGAACGCUUAAGUACAUACAACAGUUUGGGCAACGCUCAAUCACAGCCAGAUGUUUCCAUGCCUGACAUCAGCCAGUUCAUUAACAACCCCAAUCUCAUCAACAUGGCUACACAGAUGUUAAGUGAUCCUUCCUUCAGAAAUGUAAUGUCCGGUCUUGUAAGCAUGGGAUCCCAGGAUGAUGAAGGGAUGCAGGCCCUCCUCCAAGCUGGUCAAACGUUAGCGAGUAGAAUGAAUACCAUCGACCCAAAUUUCGUGGAAAACUUUAGAAGGCAAGUGGUCCCCAACAAUGCUGGCUGGAGACCGCAAGAGAAUGCUGAUAAGCCUGCGGAUAAAACAGAAAAAGAUCCCAGCAAGAAGGAGGAUUAAUUGAAGGCGUAAUUUAGGUUAAUUUUAAAUUUGGACUGUGAAUUUAAUAUCUUUAUAAUUCUCUAAAUUUAACACUACAGAUUCAAAAUCUUCAAAAUCGGGCUUUUGAUUUCUCCUAAUAUUUAUAUACAUUGGAUUUUAGUAAUUUGUGUAUUAUAUAUAUAUUAAUAUAUAUUUUUACUUUAAAUUUACAAUAGAACUGACACAUUUCUUUACACAUAUUCAUUUUACACUUGAAUGGAGAAUAUUGUUAAUGUUGAAAUAAAUUCAUAAUUUCGUGAA